AGUUCGCGCAGCAGCCGACGAUACUGACCACUCAGCCGAUGUUGACCACCCAGGCACAGCUGAUCAGCCAUCUCAGGCCAUGGCAAUGCAGCAGAACUGGGGGCAUCAACCAAUCAUGAGUCCAACGCUGCUCACCCACCAGCCCGUCUACAUACGACCGCAGCAACAGACCGGAGAAAUGUACAUCCAGCAGGUGCAGCCGAUCCAGUCCCAACAGAUCCAGCUGCAGACGAAACAGCCGACUGGCCAGAAGAGUCUGGCGAAUAUCCUACCAGCCAAUCACAACGUCGCGCAAGCACAGCCGCCAUGUUGUAGUCCGCUGCCGCCUGUUGCCGCCAACGGUAAGCCGAAGCGACCAAAGAAUGCAAAGAGUGGCGGCGGCGGAGGCACCGGCAGCCGCGCCACGAAGAACGCUGCCAACGCAAACAGAGGACCAGGCAGACCUGUCAAAGCACCAGCGCAGCUGACUGCUUCCUCGAAGGCAGAUGCAAAAGACGCAGAGACAACAACAGAGGCGCCUGCCGUAUCCAAGCGGCAAGUGAAGAAGCAAGAGAAGGAGAAGGAGAAGGAGAAGGAACAGGAGAAGGAACAGGAGAAGACUCCGCCGCCGCAGCCGGUGGAGGAGGUGCCAGAGACUUUGCCUCCCGAAGAUCAGCCUGCUGUAGCUGAGGCAGCGGCCGUCGCCACCGAACUGAAGUCGGAAGCCACAAGUGAGACUGCGUCGGCCAGCGUUGUCAUGACGACGGCUCCGGCGUUCAACGGCACCGACACGCUGCCGAACAGUAUUGCGCCGCUGCAAGGCGCCGCCAGCGUGGAGCUGGCGCCACCUAGUGAGGUCCGCGAGAACCAGCCGGCGACCGCCGUUGUCAAGCCACACAUCCUCACACACGUCAUCGAGGGAUACGUGAUACAAGAGGGUCCGGAACCCUUCCCGGUGAAUCGGUCGUCGCUGUUGAUAGAGUACGAUCAGCCACCCAAGCCACAGACACCCUCCCUCAAGCCAACAGAGAUUGAGGCAGGCCCUCCCCCAGCUAAAAAACAAAAAGUCGAUGCACGGUCGAAGAUGACAGACGGUGAGCUACUCAGCUGUGAGUUCUGUCACAACACCGACUUCAAGCACAAGUUCAAGCGAUCGAAACGCUUCUGCUCCAACACGUGCGCAAAGCGCUACAACGUCGGCUGCUCGCGCCGCAUAGGGCGCUUCAAACCAAAGUCUGAAGGACUGGAAUUGCCUGUGUACAAUAAGAAGAGGAAGGAUAGAACAGCCGGCUGGACGGAAGGCAGUGAUAGUCAGCUGGGAAGUCGUGCAACGGACAUGGAUGAUAAGGUGAAUCGGUCGUCGCUGUUGAUAGAGUACGAUCAGCCACCCAAGCCACAGACACCCUCCCUCAAGCCAACAGAGAUUGAGGCAGGACCUCCCCCAGCUAAAAAACAAAAAGGGAUACUGUUGACAGUCGCACACCGUUCCUAUCACAAGCAGAAGCAGAAGUUGGCAGAUGUAGAAAAGGUAAUGAAUCGGAGUCAGAUUGAAGAUGACAUAUUUGGUGUGAAUCACCAUGAGGACUCGCCUGCGAAAUCUGGUAGCGAAGACGCUGACCCAGACUACUUGCCAACAUCACCCCAAGUACUGUGGAGUGAUGCACUGUACAAAGAAAACCUUGAAAUGGUCAUUGAGGAGGAAAAAUGCAUAUGCUUUAAAGGACCAGGGUCUUUGCGCGCAAGUUGA